AUGGCUGGCGGCAAGGGAAAGUCUGGCGGAAAGACGUCUGGAGGCAAGGCCACCGCCGAGGCCCCCAAGAAGCAGCAGAGCCACUCCGCCCGCGCUGGGCUUCAGUUCCCCUGCGGUCGUGUCAAGCGUUUCUUGAAGGCCAACACGCAAAACAAGAUGCGCGUUGGUGCCAAGGCAGCGGUCUACGUUACGGCCGUCCUCGAGUACCUGACUGCUGAAGUUCUCGAGCUUGCGGGCAACGCCGCCAAGGACCUGAAGGUCAAGCGUAUUACGCCCCGCCACCUUCAGCUCGCCAUCCGCGGAGACGAGGAGCUCGACACCCUGAUCCGCGCCACCAUCGCUUUCGGUGGUGUUCUGCCACACAUCAACCGCGCGCUUUUGCUCAAGGUUGAGCAGAAGAAGAAGGCCAAGGCCCUCGAGGCUUAA